AUGUAUUCUGCCUCUCACGCCAACCCUUUGUCCUCGAUCAGGUACCUUACAAGGGUAGCUGAUCUAGCUGGGUCUUGAUGCAGGUAAGUGCACACUUGUAUAGUUUAGACUUUGCUGUAGAUCACUCUUCCCUAAACGCUGGCCCUCCAGAUUUUGCUGAACUACAACUCCCGUGAUUCUAUGAAUAAAAUAAUAGAUGGGCUGAGAAUCAUAGGAGUUGUAGUUCAGCAACAUCUGGAGGGCUGGAGUUUGGGGAAGCCUGCUGUAGAUGUUAAAGGUGUGGACACUCUGUUUGGACAAGUGUUAAAAUGUUAAAGACUGAUGAGAAUGCAACAAGAGACAUGGCCAGUAUAUAAAACAUAAUGUCAUUGCUGGCAACAAUAUUUCACUCGGUAUACAGAGUAUAAAUUCUUCUAGUGGGUUGAAGGUGGUAGUCCCUAAACUGUGAAUAUUAGCAAGGUGGUGAUAUUGAGGAUACAAUAGACAAGAUCAGUAAAUUUAGCAAGUAGCAGAGCAUCCAGCAAUGCUGGACAAGGGGGGAGGCAAAGUACCUUGAAAGCAGGGAGGCACUGAGCAAUCGCUUUAAUAGCAUUAUAGAGAAGAAAGAACAGGAUUAAUUCGUAAAUGAGGGGGAGUUGCACCAUUAGCUGUAGCACAUGACUGGGUCAUCAGAGAGAACAUACAUGUCAAUUACAUGUACCAUGCACACAUGAGAAUAAUUUAGAGUACAUGCAAAUGUUUCCAAAAAAAUACGGCAAGCGCACAUUUACAAAAAAUAAUACCAUUUUAUUAGCACACACAAGACGUUACAAGACAAAUAGAACAGAAAAAAAUACAGAGAAAAGCUAUGGUCUCAGAAUUGCACUUAAUGUUAUAUAGGACUAUACAAACUAAGGUCCCCAAUCUUGCUUGGCUGAGAUUGCUGGAAGUUUUGGGAAAAAAACAGACAGAGAACCUUAGUUCUUAGAGCCUAUGAUAAAUGAAUACAUGAGCAUUGCUUAGCAACAAAAUAUUUUUUAUAAGGCUUCUGUGCAUCUUUACAGAACCAUUGGUUUGAGAGAAAAAGCACAAUAAAAGGGUUUGAAGCAUGAUCCAAGCAGUUAAAAAAUACAGUAAUCUUUUUGCAUGUCAGAUAUUAAACCAACAGGCCCGAGACCCACCCCCCUACAUAUUGAGGGGUUCACUGGCUCUGAAGGUUUUUAGCACUACAAGAAAGAGGAUCAAUAAGAUUUGAAGACAAGAUUACAAAAUAUUAUAUUUAUUUUAUAGGGUUGACAAGUCAUUACAAUAAAUAUUCUUUACUAUUGUCCAAAAAAAUACAAUUAAAAUAGUUCAUUAAUAACUUUAAAUCUACUGCAUUAAGACACUGUUUUGUAUUGUUCUUCAGCAACGGACAGUUGACCCCUAUGUCAAGAGCACCGAGCAAGAAGUCCGCCAUUAAGGAAAGAGUGGCUCAGCCUGCAUUGGUUUGGAAGUUAAAUGGUGCUGUGCCAAUGAGGAAAGAAUUGAACUGGAUCACAGUUGAAUCCUUCUGUGGCAAAAGGCAUGCUCCCCCACCUUCCAUCAUGGAUAACAUAACAUGCAGAUUAGACGAUUACUCUUUGCAAAAACGUACCUUCUUGCAGGACAUAGGGGUAAACCAAGGAAUAGUUAAAGAUCACUUCCGAUGUGCAUCAUUUUUGUCCAACUGGAGGCCCACUUGCUACAUAUGAUCUUAAAGAAUUUUAGUAGACCUCCUACCUUACUGAAAAAAAAUCAUUGGGGAAAUUGGUAAUAACAAAUUGAGGCAUAGUUCCAAAAGUACAACAAUCACAUGGAAAACAGUAGAAUGUUCCUGGUGAUUUCAUUGGUUUCAACGGUGAUAGCCUAACUUUUAGAACUUUUUCUUUAUUUUUUUUACUCUUCCUAUAAUAACUUGUGGAGCACCACAGGAAAUCGAGUUAACUCACAUUAGCAGUGCCAAUGUUUAUCUUGAAUGUUCCCUUGUAUCUCAAAGCUGCCAUCCUACCAGCUAUUGUUUCUGAAUAAUAUUGUUCACAUUACAAAGCUGGACAAAAAUGAUGUAGAAUCUUUUUAGCAGUUCCAUUGAUUAGAAUCAUAAAAAAUAAAAUACACAUUCUUCUCACCAAUAUUCAAAUUGGUAUAGGUUAAAAUAAAACAAAAAUAUAUUUCAAGUAUUUGACCGUUUCAUUGAAUAUACCAUUCUCAAGGCACAGCCCCGUGAAGCUGGACUCGCUGUCUUGUUUAUGUAGAUAAUAAGCAUCUUGCCAAUACGAUCCAAAGGCACGUUUUGAGACCAUACUGGCCUUCCAGUAAUUAUUUUCUGCAAUGGCUGGGCUUCAGUUAAACUGACCCAUUGUCACAUGUUAGGGAGUGACUUUAUCUCUAGUAAAGCCCCAUACAUUUUUAUAUACUGAACUAUAGUAUUGGUAACAGGCAAGAAGAUCACAAGGUGUGCCCCUCAAGAAUAGUAAUAUGUUAAUUUAUGUUAAUACAUUAAUUUCUAUUGUACACGGAAAUAAAAUAAACCUGUCAUAGGCUUAAUGUAAACAUGCAAUAAUUAUUGUUAGGGAUGUUGAGAAAUUUACCCUAGUAAUGGGGUUGCUAUUGAAAAGGACUAUACAACAGAAUUUAAAGGACCACUAUAGGCACCCAGACCACUUCAGCUUAAUGAAGUGGUCUGGGUGCCAGGUCCAGCUAGGUUUAACCCCUUUUGCUGUAAACAUAGCAGUUUCAGAGAAACUGCUAUGUUUACCUAUGGGUUAAUCCAGCCUCUAGUGGCUGCCUCAUUGACAGCCGCUAGAGGCGCUUCCACGCUUCUCACUGUGAUUUUCACAGUGAGAAGACGCCAGCGUCCAUAGGAAAGCAUUGAGAAUGCUUCCAUAUGGACUGGCUGAAUGCGCGCACGGCUCUUGCCGCGCAUGCUCAUUCAGCCAAGGACGUCAGAAGAGAGAGGAGAGUCCCAGCGCCAAGGGAGCCCGGCGCUGGUAAAAAGGUAAGGGAUUAGCCCCUUCCUCCCCCUUCAGCGCUACGGGAGUGGGACCAUGAGGGUGGGGGCACCCUCAGGGCACUAUAGUGGUCCUUUAAUCAUGGUUUUUGAUUGAUUGAUUGAUUGAUUGUUAUUUACUUUUACAUCCCAUCUCUUGAUCUUUUCAUUUGAGAGGCAUUUGUCUGAUCAGUAUCUUAAACUGAGCAUCUAGCAUUUUAAGCAAAUAUAGUUAGAGGAACACUAUAGUCACUCAGACCACUAUGGGGAUCAUUUGAUUGGACCGUUGCAGAGGAAGCCAUACCUCCUCCAUGAUGUCAUGGAAGGCAGAGAGGUAAGUAAAAAGUUUAUUUCGCUAGUUUUUAUAGCACACAGAUGUUGGACCUGUAUAUAACUAGGGACAGGGGUAUUAUAUUGCUAGGAAUACAGGUUUGUUCCUUAAAAAAGAUAAACCAUUGAAUCAUUUGUGAAAAUAUUAUUACUAUUUUGUCCUCCUCAUGGGUCACAUGAACAAAUAGACUUAAUCUGACCCAAACAAUGGGACAAAAUUUUACAUUUAUUAUCGGACAGGAUGUGUGCUGGCAAAAGUCAAAAGGGAUGUGUUCGGAAUUCCAUAUGAAGUUUUCAAAGCAGUACAUUCAGCAGAAUUGGAGGAAGAGAAGCGUAAACACAACCCACAAAGCCAACAAAGCAGUGUCCCUUCACAUCCUGGGAGGGCCAGUUAUCUGGCAAAUUAAUCUAUUGUCACACGUCGAAGAAGACAUGUUUUAGCUAGUAUAAGUGUCUGACAAAAGGGGGAAUAUUGCUGUGAGUUUUCUUAAGUGUUUUUGGCAGGUUUUAAAAAAAAAAAACUAUAAUAUAAAAAAAUAAAUAAAUAAAAUAACAUUUUCAGCAAUAAUUAUUUUACCAUUCUAAAAAGAACUGAUAUCUUUUGGAAUUUGAGUCUGUGUCUAUAUGCUCAUUGGAAACUUAUUGAACAACAUUCUAAAAGGGAAACAAUUACUAUGGAACCCAACAGAAAGCACAGGAAAUUCAAUGCGUCCAUGGAUUUUCUUCAACUCCAUAGUCCCUGUUGUAAAUGUAUCCUAAUUAGUGUGUACAUAAGAACCAGCCCUCUAUUCUACAUCAUGAAAAUAUCACCCUGAAGUGGGGGGAGAUAGUGCUUCCUUUAAUUCACCAUCGGGUCUAAUUUUACAUGUAGUAAUUAAACUACCCCAGCCAAGGUCCAUACCAAGGAGAUCUCAACAAUGUUGAGAACCGAACAUAUGCAUGCAUAUACAGUGGUUCAAUCCCAAUAACAAAUCAAUCUCUGCUCACAAAUAAAUAAAUAAGAAAUCCCCAAAAAUUUCAUAUGAAAGUUUCCUUAAAGAUUUAUCCAGUGCUUCCAAGAAAAUAGAUCGUAUUGUAUCCUCUGACAUAUCCAGUACAAUAAAAAGUGGAACGGCAAUAAGAUCUGCUAUAUAUGGCUAAUUAGUACUGCAAGAACAGCUCUAAUGAGGACGUAGCUAUAUGCCAAUUACUGUGCAUGUGUAGUGUUCCAAUAUAAGAAUGAAUGGGGUUUACUGGACAUUUGUAGGGUAGUCACGACCUUUAAUUCCUGUGAAUAGCAAUCAAUGAGGCUGUUUCAUAAAUGUUUUGUGGCCUCCACAAUAUUUUAAUUGUUGGUCUUAUUGUUUUCAAUGGGAGACCAGUUAUUGGCUGAGAGAAGUCUUUCACUUCAUACUUGAGUAGACUUAUAAGAAAGUACGGUAGCUCAAAAUCUAGGGAAACAGCAAUAUUUAGAGGGAAGUAAAGGAAAAAAAGUUCAGUUUUUUUAAACACAUUUUUAUAGAAGUAUAUUAAAAUAGACAUUCCAAUCCACAGCACAUCAUCUCACUUUUUUUUUUUUUUCGUUUUUUUUUUCUUCUAGGGAUCAAAAUUAUGUACACUGA